AUGUAUCGUCAUGAUAACCCAGAGACUGACAAGUGUGCUGCUUCAAUGAACGUUAGCGUCGGGUCGUUCUCGGACCCGGAAGGAUUGGAAGGCCUAGCUCACUUCCUUGAGCAUAUGCUGUUUUAUGCAAGUGAAAAAUAUCCAGAGGAAGAUAGCUAUUCCAAGUACAUCACAGAGCAUGGAGGGAGCACAAAUGCGUAUACAUCCACUGAAGAUACUAACUACCAUUUCGAUAUCAACACUGAUUCUUUUGAUGAAGCUUUGGAUAGGUUCGCACAGUUCUUUAUCAAGCCAUUGAUGUCAGCUGAUGCCACCAUGAGGGAGAUCAAGGCUGUCGACUCUGAGCAUCAGAAAAACUUGUUGUCAGAUUCUUGGCGUUUGGGCCAGUUACAGAAGCAUCUAAGUAGAGAAGACCAUCCAUAUCACAAAUUUAACACAGGGAAUAUGGAUACUCUUCAUGCACGACCGGAAGCAAAGGGAGUGAAUACAAGAAGUGAACUAAUGAAAUUCUAUGACGAACACUAUUCUGCCAACAUCAUGCAUCUGGUUGUUUAUGGCAAGGAAAACCUUGAUAAAACUCAAGGUCUAGUGGAAGAGUUAUUCCAGGAUGUUCGAAACACCAACAAGGAUAUUCCUCGAUUUCCUGGUCAGCCGUGUACUCUAGACCAUUUGCAGGUACUUGUGAAGGUUGUCCCAAUAAUGCAGGGUCAUGAGCUUAGUGUUAUAUGGCCUGUGACUCCUAGUAUCUAUCAUUAUGAAGAGGCACCAUGCAGGUAUAUUGGUGAUCUUAUUGGUCAUGAAGGUGAAGGAAGUUUGUUUCAUGCCUUAAAAAUCUUGGGUUGGGCAACAGGACUGUAUGCUGGCGAAGCAGACUGGAGUAUGGAAUAUUCUUUCUUCAAUGUUUCGAUUGAUCUUACUGAUGCUGGCCAUGAGCACAUGCAAGAUAUUUUAGGGUUGUUGUUUAAACAAAUUAAAGUCUUACAACAGUCUGGUGUUUCCCAGUGGAUUUUCGAUGAGCUCUCAGCUAUCUGUGAGGCAUUUUAUAAUAAGGUCAUGAUAACUCAUACGCUAUAUUCCAAAAACAUAAACUGA